CCAGGCGAUCCUUCGUAUCCAUGGCCACCCAAGCAGCUAGGUUUUAAUCUGCCUUCUUCCUCGCCGGUGUUUAUUGUUUGCCUGUCGUACAUUUGCUGAUACACUGUUUUACGCAUUUUUUUCUGGUGUUGAUUUUUGUAAAGGGUGUUUCUUUUUUCUUUUUGUUAUCUUACUUCCCUUCUUCGAUUGAAUUCCAGCUAAUUGAGUCUCCUGUGCCAUGUUGGCUUUUCCCGGCAGCUUGAACUGGUUUUAACUAGGUCGCAAUACGAGAAUCUCGCGAUAUCCGGAAGUCUAAAGAGUUCGACUAUGAAAAUGGAGUUGGUUUUUGUUAUUGUAUUUUCCAAAAAUGUUACAGAGCGAUGGCGAGUGCCGGGAAUGAUAGAUUAAAGAAGCACAGUCAUACCCUGAGGGUUGGUAUUGUCCACAACCCUCGCAGUCCCAGUACCAAGUUGUAUAGAGGCAGCCAGAUUCCACUGGCCAUCCACACAGCACUGGGAUCUCAGGUUCCACACAUUGCCAGGAGCUUUGUCACCAAGCUGCUGAAAGAGGACAACAUACAUGCCAUAUUGGAAGGGACAGAGUCACUCAGUGACUUGGAAGUCCAUGGUAUGGUAAUGGAGGUGUACCUCAAGGCCCUGGACGUACAGACGAUGGCUUUCCUACAGUUCCACUCAGCCUUCUGCACCCAAGUCCUGGGCUUUGAGCCAGGCGCCCAAGGAGUUAUAGUGAAUGGAAGAAUAAUUGGUCCAUUAAAAGACCAGAAAACAUUCAUAGAGGAUGACUAUAAUCUACUGGAGAAAUAUACACAGAAGUCGUCUGCUGAGAAAAUUGUUCAGAUGCUGACGGGAUUUACAGAGGACACAAAGAGGGUCAGUGACAUGGUGAUGCAGGUGGGCAGUCUGUUGAUGUCCAAUCAGCAGGCUAGCAUAGCCUCCAGGACUGACGUACAGUUUGCUGGAGACCAGCACAGUGUGUUAAAAAUCCCUGCUAAACCUGAGGAACCAGCCUAUGAUGUAACAUUCAUAGUGGACCCAGUUUCCCGGGAGGCACAGAAAGUGACCCCAUUACUCAGGGAUCUUCCCAACAACAUGAUCCAUCAGGUGAACAUCAAGUCGCUGCCUCAGGAGUGGAUGUGGUGUGAGACUUGGUGCAGUGAUGACGAGAAGUCAAAAGCCAAAACUAUUGAUUUGUGUAAUAACCUGCAGACCAAAGAACCUAAGCUCAAUGCAGCUAAGAGAAAAGUAGCUGAGUGGGAGGAAUAUGACAAUGAAGAAAGGAGGAUAUUUGAAAACUUUACCAGCAAUAAACCCACACUAGGUUCACUAAGUGCUGACCACAUUGAAGCACAAGAAACCAGUACACAACCAAGAGAUGAGCUAUGAUACUAGUCUAUUACUAGUUCAGCUGCUGCAAUUGAGGGAGGUGCUGUCUGCAUUCCAUUUAUUCCUUCUCAACAAAAAUGCUCUCCAAUAUGAAUUUUGAAGAUUAUGUUAUUUCUUAGUUGGUGGAAACAGAUUAAAUAUAUAUUAAUAUGAAUAUGCAAUAAAUAUGCAGUUUUCAAACAUACACAAAUAACAAAAUUUAAAUUCUUGAAACAAAAAAACACACAUUGCAGAUUAGAUGUUAUAAUUGCUGUUUUUAUGCAAUUUAUCAAUCAGUUUGAAUUCAAAGAUGAAGUUUGUAAUUUGUGGUAUUGUUAGUGGUGGCUGGGUUGUGACAUAGGCAGUAAUAUGAGGUCCAAGGCAAUUUUGUUUCUUUUUCAAAAUAUUGGCUAGAUAGGCAGCUGUUACAUUGGGGGGUGCAUAAAAUCUAUAUAUAUAUUAGGUUCAUAGGAUAUUUAAGUAGACUGAUGGUGACAGUGAUAUCAGGGCUUAGUCUCUGUCUCCCUUAAGCUAUUACAUUGCUCUUAGAAUCAUUGUUAUUUCACUGCUGACAGUGUAAGUUAAAUGUGAAAAAAAUAUAUCUACACCCCUUCAUUCAGUCUUUCAGGAUAGUCUCUUUUGAUCAGCUUUGUUAUGCAUAAUGUUAUCAUGUUUAGGAAAAUAAUUAUUUUUUAACUUCAUUUUUGUUGUACCCCAACUGUCUAAGCUAGAGAUCCAUUGGAUGUGUGGCACCCUGACAUGGCUGUCUGUAGGUGUGUUCUUACUACAGGGGAGGAAACCAACCACUUAUUUUUUGUGGCAAUUGUGUUAUUAUUAUCACUAUUAGCCAUGAAAUCUUGUUUCUUGUAUGUUUUGAGGAAAAAACUGAAAUAUUA